CUGAUUAAUCCCUUGGUCUACUCUCAUUAUUUCAUUAUUUUUGGUUAUUUCUCUCUCUCUCUAUCUCUCUUUUGCUCUCCUCCUCUGGACUCCCAACCCGGAUUGGACUUGAGCCCAUCGGCGAUCUUGGGGAAGCCUGUUUCGCGUCGGUUUCUCUCGGGCGUCACGUUCAGUUUCAGUUCAAUUCGAUCCCAUUCAACCAUAAUAAACAACUGGAUUUCAUCUCGCCGAAAAUCCGGGGAAGGGGGGUGAAAUAAAGCAGUCGGGGCUUCUUCAGUUCUUCUCUCUUCUUACACUACACCACUCGCUUGCGGAUCUCAUUUUUGACACCAUCACCCCCUUACGAAUAAUCAAUAACACCGGACGAACAAGAAAUACGAGCGACUCUAUUAUCUAUGUAUGAAGAUCGCCUGCGCAGCUCAUCUGUCUUCUUGUCUACGCAAGUCCCAGUCUCAGCCCUCGUCCUAGUCAAAUGUCGUUCGCCGUCGUGAAUCCAGAUGACGCACGCGCUCGGGCUUACGACCAGGCUCGGGCUUACGACCAGAGCCACGAACCCACACACAGGUAUAGAGACCGGUACGAUCGUCGUCGGCGAGACAGCAGGACUGCUUUUCAUAACGUCAUCAUGUCGGAUUCCGUGGAUCGAGUCUUCGUUCAUGCCCUUAAUACCGUCAAGAGGAUCCCGCGCGCGGGAACGGUAAGACCCCCCGUGGAGGAUAGAUUGAAGCUUUACGGGUUGUAUAAGCAGAGCAUGGAGGGCGAUGUAGAGGGUAUCAUGGAUAGACCUGUGGGGAAUACGGCGGAUGUUCAUGCUGAAUGUGAGAAAUGGGAUGCGUGGUACGCUCAACGGGGCUUGUCCCGUACUGAAGCAAAGCGCCGUUACAUCACAACCCUCAUCAACACUAUGCAUCGCUACGCAUCUCAAACACCCGAAGCGCUGGAAUUGGUCGGUGAGCUCGAGUUCGUCUGGGACCAGGUCAAAUCGAACACCGUGCCGUCGUCGCCCGCAUCUUCUGUUUCGACGCAUCGUAGUGCCGGUGUUCCACCAUUUCCCAGUCCACAGCAUAGCCACGGAAAGCAUAGCCGUGGCAGUUCUCGACGAUACUACGGCAGUGGUGGGGGGAACUCGAGACUCCGUGUCCUCAGUCCAGUUAGUCAGCCAGAUGCGCCAUAUCAGCGCAGCAUGCGGGAAGAGGACGAAGACGAAUACGAGAAAGAAGAAGGAGGAGGAGAAGCGGAUUACAAUGUCAACGACGAUGAAGUAGAAGCCGAACGCGAGGACGAAGACGAGGACGAAGACGAGGACGAAGAUGAAGAUGAAGAAUAUGCAGAAGCCCGGGAUGGUGCCUACGAAUCAGACGCAAGGAACAUCUCAUCCGACGAAGAAAGUAUACACGACUGCAAACAGAAACCGAAACAAAAGCGGAAACGCAAACAGUUAGACUCCCACCACCACGGUAACAACCGCGAUAAUGACGGCGGCGGCAGCGGUGAUAAUAAUAAUUCCCGUCUAUGGCGUCGACGAGUCGAGCAAGCCCUGACCAAGAUGACGGCCGAAGUCGCCGCUGUCCGCGAGCAGAUGGAAGCGCGCACACUCGCGGCCCGUCGACGGAAUGGUCUCUGGGCAUGGAUGAAAUGGCUUCUUUGGAUCACCCUGAGACAGAUCGUUUGGGACGUCGCGAUGUUGGGCCUAAUUCUGAUCUGGAUGCGAGCUAGGGGCGACAGACGACUUGAAGAACGACUGAGAAAUGGAUGGGCCGAGGUGAAGGCCAAGGUGGUUAAAUUGGGGAUUUUUCGGAAGUUGGCAUAUCGUCGUUGAGAUGGCGUUUCUCUUCUUUCCUUUGCCUUUUCCCCCUCACGUUCACUUUUCUUGAAGAGGCAGUCGGGCUUCUGAUUAAACGCUGUUGUAUAUAUGAUUAUCUUCUGAUCAUUCGCUGUGUCGGACUCAUCUUUUUUAUUAUUAUCACUUUUCAUUCGUUGCAGGAUAUGGCUACAUGUACAGUAUUAGGGCGUCUGGUUACCUUUUUUUUCUUCUUAAUUCCUU